AUGAGAAAGAGCGACUUUUCGGAUGUGCUGGCCAAGGCACGCGCUGCACAAGCAGCCGGCGAUGCCAGCGCAGCACUCCAGCAGCUUUCUAGCUUUAUUGACGUGCAAAAGCCGAUACUGGUCUCCCGUAACAUGCCGAAGGUAAUUACAGAGCCAUUCCUUCCCGUUCUUCUUCUGCAUAACGAACUUGCUAUUUCUCUGCAUGAACUUCCAGCAUCGCGCCAGAGCCUAAAUCACUAUAGAAAGCUGUUCAGCUUUAGCGCUCCAUUUACCGUCGAUCAGGCCUUCCGUGAUUACAUAAGGCGUGUCCAAAGCACGCUUGAUGGCAUAGGGCCUGACUUUGACCAUGCCAUGUUGGCACCGCUGGGGGGAUCCAACGAGAGGGCUACUUCGCUUUUCUCUGUACAACUAGCCGAUUUACACAAGUAUCCGCCACAGGCGCGUACAGUAAUAUUCGCCUUCUUGGCACUACGUAUGAUUGUCGAAACGCUGAGGUGCACGACAAUGGUUGGACUCUAUAAGGACGCCUUAGAGGCCCUCUUCUUGCUAUGCAGCCGGUUUAACCGAAAACACGAGUUUAUAGCGGUGACCGAUCGCGUUCUCUCUGGGUUCAUGGAGAUGACCUUCAAGUCUGACUUGACCGUUGCAGUUGAGUACCUCAAGGAUCGCAGCCUCACAGACGUGGGAGAGGUUGACUCAGACCUGGGUCCGGGCGCGGGUGUGGAUGUAAAGUCUCCUGAGUCUGAGUAUGAGAAGCCCAACACACUGGUUUCUGGCAUUUAUUGCAAGCUUGUUUGUAUUCCGUUUUGCCAUACAUUUGGGUUACCCACUCUCGCCAUCAAACUAUUGGAGAGCUCUGCAGCCGACAUCUUGCUGCUCACCAAUUCUAUUUCACGAGCCUGUGUACCCCUGCACAAACUUUCCUGUGAAUACUUAGUAGGAGAAGAGACACCAGACCUUGUGGAUAUGGUUUCGACCCAGUCUAUCAUCCAGGUAUACGCUGAGAUCAGCAAGGGAGCUUCAUGUACACCGUGCUCCUCAGUGCAAGAUUUAACCACGCCGCUUCUUUCCACACUCUCUAAGGAAAGAGGCCUCGACAACGCAAUUCAGCUGCGUACGGGACCCUCUACCGCAAUGACCGAAGCUAUUGGUACCAAGGGUGGUGCAUCUCCUGCUACCUUUGCUGACCUGAAUGCAGCGGUUGCUGCGCACUUAAAGGCAGCCAUCUCUGUGUUCUCAUCCGAGGGGUAUCUCUUUGCAGCAGGUAUCUCUCUAUAUAAGGCCGUCAAGCUGAUAUCAUCCCUAGACCAAGACGUCAGGAAUACGCUUAUAAAUGAGGCCUUCGCGAUACUGCUUUCUCUUCGCCAAGACAGCAUGCAGUCGUCUAUGUUAAUGAACCACGCUAAUAUGUUUGGGAACACGCGUAGCACAAAUCCAAGCUUCUUCAUAAACCAUCCCAGUAUAACACGUCUUACCCCGGCAUCCAUGGUCACGUCCAAUGCAUUCUGUUUUGAUAGGCAGGUUCAUGCUAUCUCUUUAGAAAGUAACCCCGUUUACCAGACCAAGAACUUGGCCAAUGGGAAUUCUUUUGCAGCAAUCAGUGAAACAAUCACAUCAAUCUCGAUCUUGGAUUAUAUCUUACAGGAUAUUAUAGCGUCUUAUUCUAACAACUUGCAGAAAGGACUACUCGACUUGGUUCCGCUGCUGUAUACUGAGAGGGAUUUACUUAUCACUGUAACCGCGGAAGCAUUUGUUGCCAAGGCCGCAGACUGCCUCUUAAGACUGUACGACAAUUGGAGCCUCGGUGAAUCCUGUGUGUACCUGCAGGAGGCACUUGCAAAGAAGGCGAUUUCCCUCUUGUGCAUUGAGCGUGCGCAUGACAGUUUGCUCUCUUAUGUACAACAACACCACGACCAGGACUUGACCUUAGAUACACUGACUUCUUUGACGACACAAGUCACUCUUGAUGAUGUCAUGGUCGCUUUGAAAGGCCUAUUCUCUGACAAACUUGCCAACGAUGAUUUAUACAAACGCGAACUCAUACAGCAGACCAUCAUCGAUGCCCUUAGAUGCAAGACCUUUAUCGGGCGCUAUAACUUCGUGUCUCAGGUGAUCGAUGUUCUAACAUAUGCUACGGUUAGUGCCUUUUACUUGAACAAGGUCGACGCGUGCUUUACUACCAACAUAUUUGACUCUGCCCCACACGCUGACAGCAAAGUCUCAUCUAACUUAGCGAAGAGCCUUAAUGCCAGCGCCUUACUAACGUGCUCUGCAUCCCAGUACAACAAUAUAACACUUGCACAAUUGGUUAUUAUGCAAUCUUUGCAGGAUCUUUCCGAUUAUAGCUACACUGACCAACGCUCCGUAAAGCUUAAACAAAUACAAUCCUCAGCUAAGUUACGUACGAGCAGGAUUCAAGAGGCUCGCGAACUAGAGCAGCAAAGGCUUCAGGAGUACAAGGAGAUGGUCAUUCAGAGGCAGAAGCGUGACGAGGCGCUUGACCUGGAAGCUCAGAAUAAACAGCGCAAGGCCAAGCGUGCAGCAGAAAUCCGGCAGCUUCAAAUCAAACUGGCUAAACAGUUUAUAGAAGAAGUGGCUGGCAGAGUGCACGACACUGAUCUAAUCAACUAUCUGACAUCUUUUGAUCUCGAAAGCGUUCAGGCUCCAAAUGACUUCAUUAAAAUCAAGCAUCACCAAUUUGAGCAUGAUCGGGCACAGAAGAGAUUCGACCGUGAUGUCCGUAUCUCGAAUCUUGCAGAGCUGACUCUCCUUAUUGCAAGAAAAGAGGCUACAGACCGUCUUAAGCUGCUAGACUCCACCGAACAUGAGUAUCUUCAACCUAUUCUCAUGCGGAUACAUGAGACGUCUCAAAAUUAUGAGAAAGAAAAGCAUAUGGAAAGCAUGAAGGAGUUAGCGCUAUAUAACAGCAUUCCAGGUUUGGAUGAGUUUGUAGAGUCAUACAUAAGUGAUUGCCGCCAGGUCUAUACUGAUCUUCACUCAAGUUGGAAAGCCGAUAGGGACAAGGUGCUGGAGGAGAUACAGAACGAGGUCAAGGCGAAACAGAAUAUUAAAGCUGAGCGCAUGAAUAGUCUGAUGAACAGGGCAAAAGCAAAGACACAAGCUACCAAGAAGCCAGAGGUAGCUGAUCUUGCGUCCAAGCCAGAACAAAAAGCUAACCCUGCAGAAACCUCAAAACCAGAGGAGAAGACUAACCCACCGCUGGUAAGGUCUUAUGCAGAUAAGUUUCUGGGCAGAAAAUAG